AUGGCGCGCGCCUUGCUGGCAGAGAUGCGCUCGGUUUUGGUAGAGCCAAACGGCCACACCUACUUGGCCCUCAUAGACGUUUACAAAACUGCGCGAGACCCUGAUGGUGCGAAGCACGCAUGGCGACACAUGCGAGAAGCUGGCGUCAGACCUGUCUCGCCCGCAGUUUCUUCGGUGAUGUCCGUUUUGGCCAAAAAAGGGGACCUUUCAGCGGCCGAGGAGCUGCUUCAGGAGGCAAGGGGACUCGGCUUAAAUCCAACCACCAUCUGGUACAACUGUUUGCUGGAUGCCGCCCACAUCGCAGGUGAUGCGGAUGCCGCGUUUCGCAUUCUUUCUGACAUGAAGGCAGCGCGAGCCACGCCAGACGUCAUCUCCUACAAUUGUGCCCUGGGGGCUCUGGAAGCUGCACGGAGGCCUGCUUCUGACCGUGCAAGACUCCUGCAAGAGAUGAAGAGUGACGGAGUCGCGCCAAACUCCCUAUUCUUGGAGCGUCACGUUUGCUACGCCCUGGGUCUGCAAUUCGAGCAGAGCACAGUCACAGGCGCUGAUGAGCUGCGCGCGAAGGUGCAGGACCUGCCUGCAGAGGUGCGUCAAGAAGCUCUCGAUGCCAUUUAUGAGAGCAGCGGGUCCAACGUUGUGCAGACCAAGCUGGUUGGAGCAUUGCGGAAUGCUUUGGAGCGGUUCUCUGAGCCUUCUCGUGCGGACGUCCUUCCGGACAAGACUGAGACGAACGUGCAGAGCGGCGACUGGGUCAAGGUGCUGGGAGCAGAUUCCGCCAUGCACCCAGCAGAUGCCACAGCAUUUGCAAUGGACAUGCGCUGUGCGUUCCCAUAUUUAAGAGUCAUCAGGCUGGUUCCCAGAUAG